UCCCCCCCAACAACUCCUACUUUGUUGGGGUUCUUUGUGCUUUGUUUUCAUGGUGUGUGUGUGAGUGUGUUUCCACCGUUAGUGGAACAGGAUCUGAUAGUAAAAUGCAGGUACAUUAUAUUUAUGGAGAGAGCAGUGCUAGAGCGGCCACUUAACCCAAAUGGGCCUAAAUGUAAUAUGAGCUUGGAACUAAAUCAACACACUCAUGUACCGUCUGUUUAGAAAAACCCUACAAUUCAGCCUUUUAUUAUUGCAUUUUCCCUCGAAAUUGCUACAGUCAUUUUACAGCUGCACAAGAUUUUUUUUCCCCCUCUUUAAUUUAAUUCAGUGCUUUUAUCUGUCAGCUGGGGUUUGGUAGUCUGUCUGCUAAAUAAAACAUGAAGAGUCUAUUUCUGGCCUCACACUGUGAUCAGGAAGAGACUGCUGAUAUCUCCCUGACUCGAUACUGUACAUUUGUUAUAGACAGCUUUCAUUAAUGAUCUUUUAUUUUCUUCCACGAUAUACAUGGAAGAAGAGACCGUCUCAUCAGAUGCGAUGGUAUUGUGAGGAUAGAGGAGCUAUGAAUGAUUUCUUUUCGGAUAUGGAGAGUCACACAGAAGGACAUCUGGCUGCGUUACUCCCACGCAGGAGGGGUGAGGGACCCGGGUCCAAGGGCCUGGUGUCUCAUCUGUCCAUGGAAGAGCAAAUGGAUCAUUUGUCCAUGUUGUUUUAUAUCAGACUAUUUGAAGCUGUUUGUGUGGCAUCAAUUGAUUUAGCGUAACAAUCUAAUUGUUAGAAAAGAGGGGUACAAUUUGUCAUUGCGACAAUCCAGUUCUUUGAAUUCAUCUAACAAGUUUGGCACUAAAAUCAAUGGGCGUCUUGAGGCUCGUGGAAACGUGAUCCUCCCUGCAGCCGGGCUGCCCGUUGCGUCCAGACAUUACGGUAAGGAGAGUCCAUAUAGGCAAAGGGGCAGGUGGUUGAGAGGCGAGAAACAAAAGCAGGUACCCCGAGAGGGAAGGGAAGGUACAACCCGGGAGGUUUCAUGAGUCCACCCCAACACGAAUGGAUGUGAGAGGUCGAAAGAAAUAUUAAGGACACUCAUGGAGCUGUGUGGCCCCAACAUGAGGGAGCGCGGAGGGUCCCUCUGCCAGAUGAAGCAGCUUCCCUGCCAAGGUGUCCCCCUUUGUCGCCUGCAGGCCAGUGGAGCCCACGUACGCAACCCCCCCCACCAGCCGUGGGUCAGCCAGCCCGCCCCGGCCGUCGCCUCCUGCCCGACGGUGGCCCCCUGCCACAGGGUAAGCAACCCGGAGUGUGCGGCGUCCAGACCGGGAGAGGAGGCGGCACUGACCCCGGGCGUCUCCACAGGCAAGGUGGUGGUGACGGGUGGAGGGGGAUACUUUGGGUUCAGGCUGGGGAGAGAGCUGGCCAGCCAGGGGAUGUCAGUGGUCCUCCUGGACAUGAACAAGCUGCCCUGUGAGACGCCUGAUGGAGCCGUCUUCUAUCAGAGGGACAUCCGGGACUAUGCCUCCCUCUACAAGGUGUGUGAAGGGGUCGACUGCGUAUUCCACACAGCGUCUUAUGGCAUGUCCGGACCAGAACAGCUGAGGAAGGAGCAGGUGGAGUCGAUCAACGUCGGAGGGACAAAUAACGUCAUAAAAGUGUGUAAGGAGAGAGGCAUCCCCAGGCUGGUGUACACCAGUACAAUCAAUGUGGUGUUUGCCGGGAAACCAAUUGUGGAGGGAGAUGAGGCCUCAGUGCCGUUUGUGCCCCCCAACACACACAUCGACCACUACUCCAGAACUAAAGCGAUUGCGGAGCAGAUGGUCCUCUCUGCCAACGGAUGCUUCCUGAAAGGUGGGGGUCUGCUUCGGACCUGCAUCCUGCGGCCCUGUGGCAUCUACGGACCAGAGGAGAGGAGACACCUCCACAGAGUGAUGGUGAACGUGGAGCGCCGGUUGUUCAGUUUCAGGUUCGGGGACCCCCAGGCCAGGAUGAACUGGGUGCACGUAGACAACCUGGUGCAGGCCCACGCGCUGGCAGCCGAGGCGCUGGCUCUGCAGAGGAGCUGUGUCGCUAGUGGACAGGCCUAUUUCAUCAAUGACGGCGUUUCGGUCAAUCUGUUUGAGUGGUUGACACCUUUGUUUGAAACGCUCGGCCACAGCAGACCGUUGAUGAACCUGCCUGUUUCGCUCGUCUACUCAGCAGCCAUCCUGGUGGAGUAUUUGCAUGUAGUUCUGAGACCUGUGAUAGGAGUGCCCCUGCUCUUUACCAGAAGUGAGGUGAGGAGCAUUGCUGUGAGCCACACCUUCAAGAUUGACAAGGCCCGGCGAGAGCUGGGUUACUGCCCGAAGCCCUACAGCCUCCUGGACUCCGUUGAGCAAUACCUGAAGUCCAGACGGCCCCGCUCCAGAUCGGUUCUGUUCAGCAUGUCCUGGACCUCCCAGCUGCCCCGGCACCUCCUCGCCGUGAUGCUGCUGGGCCUCAGCCUGCUGAUGCUGAUGCUGUCCUGCAUGGUCACUUCAAACUGAGGACAUUUAAUGGACAGCAAGGGCCAUAAAAUGUCUCAAGAUAGUCAGGCAAUUAAGUUUUCGCCACAUGUUUAGAAAUCCAAAUGAAAUGAAAAUCCCCUACAUAAACGUCAUGUAAUCAUUUCUCCCAUCUUUUUGAUGUUGGUAUAUGUGUCUGAUUCUAAAUGAUGAAACUACCUGUUGAAAAGCAUAGUGUGAAUAUUAUUGAUUUCUGUAGGUUACCAUUCGGGUUAAAUUGUUUGUGAACCAAAUGUUGAAAUGUAAAUUGAUUGUAUUUAUAGCAUGUUUCCAGGUUAUAUAAUAUAUAUUUGUUUUGAUUUACAUAUCUUGAGAGUUCAUAUUUAAUAGUCAUAGUCAUUUUGUACAGUUUACGAAAUAAAGCAGUAAGAAUUAAUUCCUACAAUAAACCUCCUCUUUCCUCUGCUGAAGGCAA